AUGGCGCACCGGGGGCCCCCGGCCGCCGCGAAGGGCCCCGGCCCAGCCGCCCGAGCCCCGAGCCCCGGGGCCCCGCCGCCGCCGCCGCCGCGCUCGCGGCCGCUCCCGCUCCCGCUGCUGCUGCUGCUGCCGCUGCUGCUGGCCGCCUGCGGGGCGGCCGGGCGCACCCCCGAGCUCGGGCGCCUGGGUCCCCGCGCCUGGCUGACCCGGCUGCCGCGCAGCCCGCCCGCAGGGCGCUCGGAGCCCGGCGCCGGCGAGGACCGGCAGGCGCGCGGCGUGGAGCCCGGCACCCAGCGUCCGGGUCCCGGUCCCGCUUCGGGUCCCGGCGAGGACAGCGCCCCGGCCGCGGGCAAGGGGCGCUGGGCGCGGGCGGCGCCGGCGGCCGGAGCGGCUUCGCGGGCGCAGGUCUCGCUCAUCAGCACGUCGUUCGUGCUCAAGGGGGACGCGACACACAACCAGGCGAUGGUGCACUGGACGGGCGAGAACAGCAGCGUGAUCUUGAUCCUGACGAAGUACUACCACGCAGACAUGGGGAAGGUCCUGGAAAGUUCUCUGUGGCGGUCCUCGGAUUUCGGGACGUCCUACACCAAGCUCACCCUCCAGCCUGGCGUCACCACCGUCAUCGACAACUUCUACAUUUGCCCAACCAACAAGAGAAAGAUCAUCCUCCUGAGCUCUGCGCUCAGUGACCGCGACCAGAGCCUCUUCCUCAGCGCGGAUGAAGGCGCCACCUUCCAGAAGCAGCUUGUCCCCUUCUUCGUGGAGACUCUGACUUUCCACCCCAGGGAGGAGGACAAGGUCCUGGCCUACACCAAGGACAGCAAGCUGUACGUGUCAUCUGACUUGGGGAAGAAGUGGACGCUUCUGCAGGAGCGAGUGACCAAAGACCACGUGUUCUGGGCUGUGUCUGGGGUGGACGCCGACCCUGACUUGGUCCACGUGGAGGCCCAGGACCCCGGUGGAGGUUCUCGGUACAUCACCUGUCACAUCCACAACUGCUCCGAGAAGACACAAACAGCCCUGUUCGCAGGCCCCAUUGACCACGGCUCUCUGACGGUGCAGGACGAUUACAUCUUCUUUAAGGCAACAUCAACAAACCGGACCAAAUACUACGUCUCUUAUCGUCGCAAUGAAUUCGUCCUGAUGAAGCUGCCGAAGUAUGCAUUGCCCAAGGACCUGCAGAUCGUCAGCACGGACGAGAACCAGGUGUUUGUGGCGGUGCAGGAGUGGCACCAGGCAGACACCUACAACCUGUACCAGUCGGACCCGCGCGGCGUGGGCUACGCGCUGGCGCUGAGGGACGUGCGCAGCUCGCGGCAGGCCGAGGGGAGCGUGGUCAUCGACAUCCUCGAGGUCAGAGGGGUGAAAGGAGUCUUUCUGGCAAACCAAAAAAUUGAUGGGAAGGUGAUGACGCUUAUAACCUACAACAAGGGCCGAGACUGGGAUUACCUGCGACCACCCAGCAUGGACAUGAAUGGAAAACCCACCAACUGUAAGCCUCCAGACUGCCACCUGCACCUGCACCUGCGCUGGGCUGACAACCCCUAUGUAUCAGGCACUGUGCACACCAAGGACUCUGCCCCAGGCCUCAUCAUGGGUGCAGGUAACCUGGGCUCGCAGCUGGUGGAGUAUAAAGAAGAAAUGUAUAUCACAUCGGACUGUGGGCACACCUGGCGGCAGGUGUUCGAGGAGGAGCAUCACAUCCUGUACCUGGACCACGGCGGCGUGAUCGUGGCCGUUAAGGACACCUCCAUCCCCUUGAAGACCCUCAAGUUCAGCCUGGACGAGGGCCUCACCUGGAGCACGCACAACUUCACCAGCACCUCGGUGUUCGUGGACGGGCUGCUAAGCGAGCCGGGAGACGAGACGCUGGUCAUGACCGUCUUCGGCCACAUCAGCUUCCGCUCAGACUGGGAGCUCGUCAAGGUGGACUUCCGGCCCUCGUUCUCCAAGCACUGCAGUGAGGACGACUACAGCUCCUGGGACCUCACCAACCUUCAGGGCGACCGCUGCAUCAUGGGCCAGCAGAGAAGCUUCCGGAAAAGAAAGUCCACAUCGUGGUGCAUCAAGGGGAGGAGCUUCACGUCAGCGCUCACGUCCCGCGUGUGUGAGUGCCGCGACUCAGACUUCCUCUGUGACUACGGAUUUGAGCGCUCCCCGUCCUCAGAGCCUGAAGCCAACAAGUGUUCUGCCAACUUCUGGUUUAACCCGUUGUCCCCGCCUGAUGACUGUGCCCUGGGCCAGACCUACACCAGCAGCCUUGGGUACCGGAAGGCAGUGUCCAACGUGUGUGAGGGUGGUGUGGACCUGCAGCAGAGCCCAGUGCAGCUCCAGUGCCCCCUCAUGCCACCCCGGGGCCUGCAGGUCAGCAUCCGUGGCGAGGCGGUGGCCGUGCGGCCUGGAGAGGACGUCCUGUUCGUGGUACGGCAGGAGCAGGGUGAUGUCCUAACCACCAAGUACCAGGUAGACCUUGGGGAUGGCUUCAAGGCCAUGUACAUGAACCUCACGCUGACUGGGGAGCCCAUCCGGCACCGCUAUGAGAGCCCUGGUGUCUACCGCGUGUCUGUCAGGGCAGAGAACAUGGCAGGGCACGACGAGGCGGUGCUCUUCGUGCAGGUCAACUCCCCCCUGCAGGCCCUCUAUCUAGAGGUCGUUCCUGUCAUCGGCAUCAACCAGGAGGUGAACCUCACAGCUGUGCUGCUGCCCCUGAACCCCAACCUCACCGUCUUCUACUGGUGGAUCGGCCACAGCCUACAGCCCCUCCUGUCCCUGGAUAACUCCGUGAAGACGCAGUUUCCAGACACGGGCGAUGUGCGUGUGACGGUACAGGCCGCCUGUGGGAACUCGGUGCUGCAGGACUCCAGGGUCAUCCGCGUGCUGGAUCAGUUUCAGGUUGUGCCCCUGCAGUUCUCCAAGGACCUGGAUGCCAACAACCCCAACACGCCCGAGUGGAGGGAAGACGUGGGUCUGGUGGUCACCCGGCUGCUCUCCAAGGAGACCAGCGUCCCCGAGGAGCUGCUGGUGACCGUGGUGAAGCCGGGGCUGCCCACCUUGGCUGACCUGUAUGUGCUCCUUCCCCCUCCCAGGCCCACCAGGAAGAGGAGCCUCACAAGUGACAAGAGGCUCGCGGCCAUCCAGCAGGUGCUGAAGUCACAGAAGAUCAGCUUCCUCCUGCAGGGCGGGGUCCGGGUCCUGGUGGCCCUGAGGGACGCGGACACAGGUGAGAGCCCUCGGCCUGGCGGCGGCGGGUACUGGGCCGUGGUGGUGCUGUUUGUCAUCGGGCUCUUCGCGGUGGGCGCGUUCAUCCUCUACAAGUUCAAAAGGAAACGCCCAGGCAGGACCGUGUACGCCCAGAUGCACAACGAGAAGGAACAGGAAAUGACAAGCCCUGUGGGCCACGGCGAGGACGUCCAGAGCGCCACCCAGGGUGAGGGGUUUGCAGAUGGCCAUCUCGACUUGCAGAGUCUAGGCAACCACUCUGGCGUGGUCCUGAGCAUCAACUCCCGCGAGAUGCACAGCUACCUGGUGAGCUGAUGGCCAGACGCGCCCACACUCCUCUCCGUGGUUCCACCCCCGUGGAGGGCACACGGCCACAAGCGAAGCCGGCGGCUGGACCGACAUCCCCUCAGAAACCUGCGGAAAAGCCCCCUCCUCCAGCUGUCCCCACGCCGGGAGACAGGCACUCCUCCCUCUGGUCAAUCCAAGCCCGCCCGGGCCCACGGGACCCCCUGGAGCACAGCCAAACUCUGCCCCUCUGGGGUGCCAGGCUCACCUUGGCGACACCAGGCCCACCUCGGGCAGGCUCUGCCCUGCACCCCACACAGGCUGCCCUGGCUGCCCCACGUGCUGUCGCCCGGCCCAAGGCCUGGCCUGACUUCUGGCCGAGGUCGGGCCAUCUGGAGCCUGGGCAGGGAGCCCGCCCGCUGCCCCCGCUGCAAGAACCGCCACCCACUCAGACACUUGGCACUGCGGCACCUGUCCCUGAAGGGAACCUGGGCCCUCCCGGACUUUGUUUCCCUCGUCCCUCCACCAUCCCUCUGGGGGUGGCCUCCAAAGCCCGGGACGCCUUGAGCCAGGCCCCCCUGUCACCACCCUCCGGGCGGGGCCUGCUGUCCCACCUCCCGUUAAAGCCCAGACGUGUAAAUACCUCUCUAGGUAGCUGGCUGGGGGGGUGGGGCGUUCAGCUUUCUGUUUCUAUGGCCAGGCGGUGGCAUCUGGGUUGCUUCGUCAGAGCCCCCUUCUCGGGAGCCCCUUUCCCAGAAUGCCCAGGGCGCCCUCCAGCCCCAGACGCUGGCCCUGGUCUCCCCCGGGCUGGGGGAGGGGCAGUGCCCAGGGACCCAGCGCUGCAGGUCCUGGCUCCGCCAGCAGGGGGCGCCCCUGGGGCCUUUCCCACCCAAUGGCCUUCCCCAACCCUGGAAGGAGACAGUAGCCCCAGAAGGGUGGGCAGGUGGGGCAGCCCCCAGAAGCGCCUCCUUGUCGCCUGAGGACCUAUGAGGAGACCAGGCCAGCAGGGGUUAGGGUGGCACAGCUGGAAGUGCUGUCAGGAGCAUGCCCCUCAUUUAGAAGAAGGGGAAACUGAGGCCCAGGGAGAGGAGUGACUUUCCCAAGGUCACAGCAAGACGGUAGCAGAGGUGUCCCCCAGAACCAGCCCUCUGCUCCCCAGCGCAGUGCGAGGUCCACUCACCCAGUUUGCUAGAAUCAGGGAUGCUCGUG